AUGCACGAUGCAACCUGUGCUCUAGACAUCGAUCCUCCGUCCAAGGUGCAUAUAUUGCCAGGGAUGUCGACUGCCGACACCGCAGCGUGGUAUGCUACCGUGGUCAAACUAGGUACCUCCCAAGACGACUUUCGCCUGUUUUUGCGCAAUGCAAUAUUUCCGACCGUGGCGAUUCGAUGUGCCGCCCCAGAGGUCAUCACGUCGGCGAUGGUCCAAGGCAAUGGGUUCCGGGACCCCAUCUUCGUACAUGGUAAACUUCCAGGCAUGCUCAUUCCCGACGGCCGCAUCAACCCCAAAGACGUGCCGUCCCUUGUAGCCAGCGGCGACAGUGCCGUCAAAGUUGCCGUAGCCAACGCAACCACAUUGCAACCAUGCAAUGGGGACGACUUGGAGCUGCACUGCCGAGGCGAUCGGUUCCGGCGGUCCCUUGUGGAGUUUCCCAUUGCAGACACGCCGUUGGAGCGGCAGUUCAAGGCCCCUCCAAUGGUGCGGGACCUGGACUGGUUUCACCAACUCAACCCUACCGGACCUCUCAACCCCAACACGUUUGUGACUGUCCGAGGUCCGGCGUCCUUUCGGGACUUCCGCAUGAAUCCGUGGGGCACGUCGGCGUGGCUCACCCUCGGCGACGGCCUCCCCCUAACCGUGUACCUGAUCCCGCCGUCGCCCGUCAACCUGUCGCACUUUGCCGCCAACGAAAAGCACCACGUAGCGCGAUUCACGCUGCUGUUUAUGGGGAAUGGCAUGCACGGCUGCCACCGCGUGGACAUGGCCGCGCCUCACGACACGCUCUUCAUUCCGCCGGGGUGGCUGUGGGCGUCGCACGUGCCCGAGCAGGCGGCGGCGGCCUCCACAUGUGUCGUGUAUUCAGGCUACUUUUUCCACGGGUUCACGUUGCAGAGUCAAUUUCAACUGCUGCAGUUCCACAGCAUGCUGGUGUCGAACACAAGUUAUACCACAGACUGGCCGAUUGUGUCGACGAUGGCAGAGUUCAAAUCGCCGCAACCUGCCACGGGAACGUUGCGCCAAGUGCUCAAGUACUGGAUCUGGCCCGCCAUGCACAUGUACUCACGACGGCUCAAGAAGCAACGCUCCAUGUCCCCAUGGGAAAACUUAGGACUUUUCCUCGCGAUGCCCCACAUUCGAGCCAUGACUGGCGACGAAAGUUCCAUGUCGCAACCACACGACGACGAAUUGCCCUGUGGGUGGUUUACAGGCCACACAGCCGACAACAUCCAGCCCAUCCUCGACGCCGUCGCCUCCCACUUGAAGCUCAAACAGGAAGCAACCCCCCAACUGGCACAAGUGUCCAUGAACCAUGUUGCCGCUUCCGCCCCCAACGCCGAGAAGCGACCCCCCUUUGACCCCCCCCGCAUGUCGUUGAAGUCCGCGACCGAGUUCCUCCAUUCUCUGACCACGAACACUCCGUCGGCCACAAGCUCGUCAGCAUCAUCGUCGAGUAGUCAGUUGUCAUCAGGAGCGGCGCCACGUCCCAGCGCCGAUCGCCGUCGGGGGGUGCCAAAGCAUUCGUUUCUUACACCACCCCCCACCCCCACCACCACCACCACCGCCGCCACCCCUAGCAUUCCCAAACGACCUUGUUCAAAGUGCAAGGCAUCAGCGCCCUGCACUUGCAAACUGGACGACAGCGACGACAGCGACGAAGCGCUGUGGGAUGAGGACGCUGCUGUGUUGGCCAAAGGUAACACAAAACCAACACGAGACUUGCCCCCCAGUGCAGCCAAGAAACCUGCCAAGGCGUCCAAAGCGACCACCACCCCCAAGAACCAACGACCGCGAGAUAGAACGUUUUCCCCUCCUCUGUCCAAGGCACCCCCCCACGACUUCGACGCGUGGCUGACGUCUCCACCUGUGGCGUUGCCCCCGAAACCCAAGAAAACGUCCAUCCCCCCACCCGCAAAAGCGCAUCCCACCACGAGCCAGACAAAGCAGCCGUCAAUACAUGACGACGACUUUGAUCUGUGGGAGACGUCGCCGCCAGUCGCCCUUCCACCCAAACCAAACACCGCCAAACCAAGCAAACUGUCCAAGGAGAUUGCCAAGCCAACUCCUACUCGAAGCCCCCGCGUUGCCAAGACUCCUGUCAAGACCUCCAUUAAGCCCCCCAUGAAACUAGUGGAACUAAGUGACAGCGACGACGACGAAGUGGAUUGGUUUGCAACGACGGAGCCGCAGGCCAUUCCUUUGCCGACUAGAACGCAACGAAAGGCCGCGAAACCAUCCAACCAAGUGGCGACCUCUAGACCACCCAGCGGGUCUUCUUCGUCCAAGAAAUGCAGCGCAUGUCCACCCGCGUACCAGCGAUGCGCCAGCUGCACGUACUGCAUCAAAACCCAUUGCGUGUGUGCGACAAAGUGCGGGUGUGGCGACGGCGUGCCCAAGUGCCCCGUCUGCCAGCACUGCUUUGCCACCCACUGCACAUGCGGACCGACGUCGCAAUCUCCAGCGCCGCCGCCCCUGACGCUCCUCGCUCGAAGGAAGAACGAACUGCGAUUUGUCCAAGCGGUCCAAGAAAGCACGCUGCAACUCGUCGGUCGCACUGCGCAGGACCUCCACGACGACCUGCACGCCCAGAAGUUUGACACACACGAGGGCAACUUUGACUACCUGUUGUCGCUGCCCGUGUCGAGAUUCUUGCGACCGCCGUCGCCAAGGAUAUUCCUGUCGAAUGAUCCGCUGCCACCACCGCAAAAUGCAAGCCGAGGUCGAAACGGCGGCGUCGCGAGUCGAAAACGCUUGCUCGACAAGGCGAUGCCGGAUGAAGCACCGAGUCGACGGCGAUCUCGACCUUCAUAAGCACAUCCCAUGUACUAUACUGUUUGUCCUUUCAACUUGCGAGGACAAUAGUCGUGGAGUGCACACGUAUCCUUCGCAUUAACGUUAGCAUGAGUUCUUUCUCACUUGCAGUUGGCCGCGCGCCG